AUGGAUCGUCGUCUUCGUUUCGGAGCACCUUUCUCUCCUUUGAUGAACUUCAACACACGAUUCUUUGAUGACUUCGAAUUUGACCGACCAUUCCAAAGACCUUAUUGGAAUGACCAUAGUAUGUUGACUGCUCACAAGAUUGGAGAAGCUCAAGAUGUCAUUGACAACGAGCGCGAGUAUACCGUUUCUGUCGACGUAUCUCAGUUCGAGCCAGAAGAGCUGAAAGUGAACAUUGUUGAUGACAAACUCGUUAUUGAAGGAAAGCAUGAAGAGAAGUCUGACAAAUACGGAACUGUUGAACGUCAUUUUGUUCGUAAAUACCAACUCCCUCCUUUCGUUAAAGCUGAAGAGAUCAAGAGUGAUCUGAGCAAAGAAGGAGUACUUACAGUUCGAUAUGACAAGAAGCCAGAACAACAACCACGCACCAUCCCCAUCAAGAUCGCUCCAAAGCAGUAA